AUGGAAGAGAGAGUGAAGAAGGAAAGUAAAAACAUAUGGGAAAAUGAUCUCCUUGGAUGGAUUUUCAAGCAUUCAAAUCUUUCAAAGGAGCAAAUUCUUGACUGGAUAUUGAGCUAUGAGACAUCUAGAAAACUGUGGGUUGCCAUUAUUCAUGGAAUGGCUAGAAUGGCUGCAAUUAUGGCUUCAACUUACAAGGCUUAUCUGGGUGUAGGACUUGGUCCAUUAUCGUUUUUGACGAAGUUUAGGAUACCACAUCCAGGAAGAGUUGGUGAGAGAGUUUUUAUUGACAAGGCAAUGCCCUUGAUGCUGAGUUGGGUCUUAGGUGGUAACAGCUCAAAACUUGAAGGAAAGCCACCAAGUUGCAGGCGGUCAGACAAAGUAUGUUGUUCACAGUGA